AGAAAUCGACGUUGUAACGAGUGACUAGUGAAUUGAACAACGGCGGAAUAGCGUGUAGAAAACCGUAAAAUGCACUAAUUGCAAAGAUGGAAAAUUAGAUAAAGAAUAUAAAAAAUAGAACAAAGUGCAUGCGAACAUAUAUAUACAUAUGUAUAUACAAAUUUAUGUGCUGCAAUUAAUUUAAAGACUUUAUUUAAAUAAAAACUAAAAAAAAAUUUAUUUAAAAAAAUCGUAUUUUCAAACAUUUAAUGUUCACUUGCAACCAGCCUUAAGUGCAAAUAUGCAUUUUUCCAUAAUAUCGCCGCACAAAUGAUGGGAUGUGGUUCAUCGAUGGACACGAAUAGUGUAAUUGAAGAGCCCAUACAAAGCUUGGAGCGUUGGCAGCAGGGUGACAUGGAGCCCACUGCCGUCAUCGAGGAAUUUGUGGGUUUGGAUGAACGCAUCAGCAAAUUGGAGGCCACUUGUCCGGGGCCGCGUAUGGCCACCGCCGAAGCAUGGGUGGAGCACUUGCAGUCGCAACGCGAUUCAUUGCUCGGUGUUGACACCUUAGAUAUGGCCUUGAAUCCACAAAAUAACGGAGUGUUGCAACAGCAGCAGCAGCAACCACGACAACACCAACAACAACAACAGCAAAUGAAUAGUGAAAUAUUGACCCUGAAUGAGAUCGAUGCAACAACACCGCCACCCAUACAUCAACCGCCCCUACAGCCGCUAAGCGUUACUGCAGCCAUAACAGCAAUGUCAAAGGUAAACAGAGGCACAUUACUGCAUGGAAAUGGCGCCACUACAAAUGGCGUAGGCGGUGCGGCACGACAGGCUAAUAACAGCAUAGUGGCCAAUACACCCACCCAAGAUUUGGCUAAUCUUGCCAUAAAUUUGGGUGUUGUUGGCGAUGUAAAUAAGGCUUCCACACAUGAGGAUUUCUUUGCGAAUCUCAGUGAAUCUGCGCUUUAUCUAACUUCAAUCCGUUAUUAUACGGAAAUACUGGAACACACUAAGGUGCGACUGAAAACCUUAACGGAAAGCUACAACGAAUUAAAUGAGCUAUAUGUGCAUCACGACGGCAUUAUAGCCUUUAUCAGUGGCGGUACGUACAUGACGCGGUUGGAGGAGAGUCUUGACGCGCAAUUGGAGACGGCGCGUGAUGUGCGCGAUAAAUUAGGCAGCGCUUUGGAGCAAUGGCGUAUAUGCGGCACUCUGUUGCGCACCAGCGCAACUUCAGCCACACAAGCUUUAAAGCAGUGGCAACAGUUGGCUAAAGCGAUUGAUCCGAAACACAAAAUUCAACUUGCUUUGGAAUGUCGUACGGCACUGCAGGCAGCUUUGAUAUCGGUGGAGUGUGCGCAAUUGGCGCUGCCACAUGUGGAAAUCAAGCAUAUAAGCAAUCGGCAACUGCUGGCAGUUAAGCAUUGCAACACCUACAUGAUUACAGAUAUAGCCAAUCUUGCACGAUAUCAGCAUACGAGUAAAGUAUUCACCUCCUUUGAGAGUAAUACGUCCAAAGCUUCGAUGUGGUUGUAUGAAAUGUUCAACAAAACUUUGCGUCAUGAUUUCGAUAAAGCCGAGGAAACGGUGCGUCAGUUGGCUAAAACAUUGAGGGAUCAUCGCGAGGAGAUUUUCACCGCUGCUCGGAAAUAGUAGAAUACGUUUGCUCGGAAAUAGUAGUAAGCACUUGCUCAAAGCAAUUAGUUGCAAUAGUUGUAAGAAAAAUUUUUCAUUAUACAUUUUAUUUAUAGUUUAUAUUUAUUAACAAAUUAAAGCAUUGUUUAAAAAAAACGUCGUUAAACUUAA